UUUUGGUAAUGGUCGACAAAGAUUUUUUAAAAGUUUUUGUCAAAAUCUUUUGUUAGACAAAACCUGGUGUUUUUUCUACAUGUGUGGAAAUUCUCGGCGAUGAGAAUUUUUAAAGAGAAACAAAACCGUUUUUCACUUUACUGCUAGUUGUCACUGCAACAGUGCAUGAAAGACAACAACGACCAAAAACAAGUCGCCUGAUAAAGAAAAAUUUCUAAAAUUCCCUUACCAAUUAUAUAAAUAGAUAAAUACAUAAAAUCCAAAAAAAAUAAUAAAUAAAUAAGUAAAAAAUAAAAAACAAUACAAAUAUCACCAGCAUGUCCAGUCUGCCACGUCGUAUUAUCAAAGAAACUCAGCGUCUUAUGCAAGAGCCCGUACCGGGUAUUAACGCCAUACCCGAUGAAAAUAAUGCUAGAUAUUUUCAUGUGAUUGUUACGGGACCCACUGAUUCACCCUUCGAGGGUGGCGUUUUCAAGUUGGAACUCUUCUUGCCCGAAGAUUAUCCGAUGUCAGCUCCCAAAGUACGUUUCAUUACCAAAAUCUAUCAUCCUAAUAUUGAUCGUUUGGGUCGCAUUUGUUUGGAUGUGCUUAAGGACAAAUGGAGUCCAGCUUUGCAAAUACGUACCAUUUUAUUAUCGAUUCAAGCUUUAUUAAGUGCACCAAAUCCCGAUGAUCCAUUGGCCAAUGAUGUCGCUGAAUUAUGGAAAGUGAAUGAGGCUGAGGCCAUUAAGAAUGCACGUGAAUGGACUCAAAAAUAUGCCGUCGAAGACUGAAGUGAAUAUUAGUAACAUGAUCAGAAAUAUUUAGAUAGAUAGAGAGCGAGUAAAAUACAGUGGAAGAAAA